AGACAAUUGUGGUGACGAUUAUUUAAAUGUCAAGUCCUGACAUCACAACUAUAUUUGCAUAUUGUUUAUAGCGACUAAAUUGUCAAUACUUUAGACAUCUUUAUUAUAUAACGAGUGAAUAACGAGUGACAAAAUGAUGGAUCCAAACCAUUGCAAUGACAUUAUAAAUCUAUCGCAAACACUACUCAAUGAGUUAUCGGCUCUUUAUCUGAACGAAAGGGCGAGUGAUGUCGUGUUUAUCAUUGAAAAUGAGCGCAUAUUUGCCCAUAAAUUUGUUUUAAUCCUUCGGUGCGAAUACUUCCGACUUAUGUUCUCCUCUGGUCUGCGAGAGUCCAUCGAUAAUGAAGUGGAAGUGAAUGAGACGCCAAUCGAUGCCUUCAAAUGUGUACUCUAUUUCAUGUAUACCGGAGUCAUUCACUUGCAUAAUAAGAAAGUCGACGAUAUCAUCGAUGUCUUAUAUUUAAGCCAUCGAUACGAAAUGCAUGAAUUGGUUUCGGCGAUCACUGAAUACCUAGAAUUGAAUAUAAAUAAAGAUAACGUGUGUUUAAUACACGCGACGGCCUCUCUAUUCAACAUGUGUCCGCUUCUUGAGAAUUGCCAUCAAUUUAUUUUACGCAAAGGAUAUAAACUAUUAUCCAAUUCAUCGCUUCUGAGUCUCAGUUCGCAAACAUUGAUUCAAUUGUUUUCAAGCGACGAGUUUUGCGCCGAAGAGAUUGAUAUAUUCAAUGCAAUUAUGAAAUACAUUAAAUUGAAUCCAGAAUUGAACGAAGAGUUGUGCGAAGAACUCAUAUCUACUGUUCGUUUGCAUUUGAUUUGUUGGAAUGAUUUGAUUGCUUACGUCUGGCCCUCAGGGUUUUUUGCCAGAGAAGAGUUGAUGACAUCGAUCGACAACAGACCCAAAAUCUCUAACAAUUACCGCCGAUGUGUGAAACCGGUUGAAGACUUGGGAUCCAUUUCGCCAUUUAUUGUUGAGAAGUCUGUCCUUUACUGCCAUAAGUUUGAGCCAAUUGUGUCAGUCGUCCAGAAAAUACCCGGAAGUGUUUCGUUUGUUUUCGAUUGCAUUCGUUUCGGUAAUUAUAUUGAGUUAGAGUUUGGCAACUGUUGCCGAACCGGGUAUUCGUAUUACGUCGAGGUCUCCACCGAUGGACACAAAUGGAGACGAAUAGCCGAUUAUACGGACUAUCAGUGCUAUUCAACGCAAUACUUAUAUUUUGCCAAAACAGCGGUCAAACACAUGAGGAUUUACUGUGGCUCUAGUCUUAGCGGCGGAACUAAUUUCAUAUUAAAUGACUUGAAGUUUAUGAUCAAAGAGUUUCCAUCAGAUCUGUACAAUAACUCGAGGAAUAAGAGUGGUUUGGAUUAUUCAAGUAAUAAUAUUAACAAAUGUUAUGCACCUCUUUAUGGCACACAUUGUAAUAUCUCAUCCAAAGCCAAAGCAACCAAAAGAUUUAUCAUGAAUUCU